UUUGUUUGAUUUACCUGUCAGCAGUUGUUGAAUAUCAGUUGAUAGUGCAAAACCUUUUUUAGAAGUUCCGAUAGCCGUUAAACAUUUCUUUAUAAUUUAAGGAACACUGACAAAAAGCAUUUUCAAAGAUGUCGUCUACAACAAACAAAAACAACAAUGAUAAUCCCAAUACAAAACUUGUAAUUCCCGAAUGGAUUAAAGAAGACUACUUUCAAGGAAUCCUUGAAAAAGAUCAUCCAGAUUUCAAGAGAAUUGUAAGAUUUGCAGUUAUAGCUGCUACUGGUCCUGGAGAAAAUUACACAUCAAUCAUGGUUCGUGUCAAUAUUGACAUAGAACUUAAAAACUCAAGUAUCAUCAACACCUCCUACAUUCUAAAAACAACUUUACCAAGCUCCAAAGCUUCCGAAUUACUGGAACACAUGAGUAUCUUUCCAAAAGAAAAAGAAGUCUAUCAAAAUAUUUUGUCACAAUUUGAACAACUUUACAAAGAAGUUGGAAAAACUGUCAAUUUUGGACCUCAGUGCAAACUUACUGAAGAUUCACCUGAAAGAACAACAAUUGUCAUGGAAGAUUUGCGACAGAAGAAAUUCAAAAACGUUGAUCGCUGUCUUGGUCUUGAUAUGCAACAUAUGGAAGAAGUUCUAAAGAAAUUAGCUGAAUUUCAUGCUGCAUCGGCAGUGCAUUAUGAACGUUUUGGACCGUUUUCGGAACAUUUCACUCAAUCGUUUUUCAAAGAAGAGAAUAUGGAAUUUUUUGAAGAACAUGGAGAAGUUAAACGUCAACAGUUUCUUGAAGCUUUAAAGAAAUGGGGUGGUUGUGAAAAGUAUUUGGAUUUGUGGCCAAGUUAUCGAAAAGUCCUUAAAUGGUUUAUUGAACAUGAACAUCCUGCAGCUGAUGAAUUUGCAGUUUUAAAUCAUGGUGAUUGUUGGUCCAACAAUAUAAUGUUUCAAUACAACGACCAAGGACAAAUCCAACAAACUUAUUUUGUGGAUUUUCAAAUGUGCAAAUGGGGUACACCAGCUCAGGACCUUUAUUACUUAAUUACUUCGUCAGCAGCUCUUGAUAUUAAAGUAGCUGAAUUUGAUAAAAUGAUGAGAAUAUAUCAGAAGAAUUUGGCAGAUAAUUUGAAGUUGUUAAAUUAUCAAAAACCAAUUCCAACAUUGAAGGAUAUUCAUAUCAUUAUGAUUAAAUAUUCAUUGUGGGGAUAUUUUACGGGAAUUAAUACCAUGAUUGUGGUAUUGUUGGAUCCAAAUGAAAAUGCCAAUAUUGAAACGUAUAUGAAUGAUGAGGAUUUCCAAAAGCAAAGUCUGAUGAAUCCAAGAUAUGUGAAAGCUAUGAAGCUAUUAUUGCCAUGGUGGGAGAAUCGUGGAGUAUUUGAAUAGUAAAAUUUCAAAAAGGGAUAUUUUUAAUUAUUUUUUUAUUUUUAGUUCAAAAUUUUGUAUAUUUGUAGAUAUAUUAAAAAAAAUAAAUAUUUAACAAAGUAUA